GCAUAUUUUCAGCUUUGAUUUUGGGCGCGUUUUGAGAUGGUUUUUAUUGGCCAUUGGGAUGGUUUCGUUACGCAGAUCUGGCAACUCUGAUGCUCACGAAGGUGCAUACACAUUCAGGCAAGAUGGCAGCCACCAUUGGGAGACUUCUCGCGACUUCUGCACGAAGAGCUGCAGUGAAUGGACUGAAGGCCUUCAUCCCUCACACUGGCGCUUCAGUGAUGAGAGCUCCGCAAACCCUGUCCUGCACUGCCACACAAAAGGCUUGUUUCUCAAUCAGCACGGCUAAAUGGGCUCCAGCAGUAACUCAACCAGCUCCUCACUUCAAAGGCACUGCUGUUGUUAAUGGAGAGUUCAAGGAAAUCAGCCUUGAAGAUUUUAAGGGCAAAUACUUGGUCCUUUUCUUUUACCCACUUGAUUUCACGUUUGUAUGUCCCACAGAGAUCAUUGCCUUCAGUGACAAAGCUAAUGAGUUUCGGGAUGUAAACUGUGACGUAGUUGGAGUGUCUGUGGACUCUCAUUUUACCCACUUGGCAUGGACUAACACCCCAAGAAAGAGUGGAGGAUUAGGGAAAAUUCACAUUCCCCUGUUGGCUGACCUAACAAAGCAAGUGUCCAGAGACUAUGGGGUCCUACUGGAGGGCCCUGGUAUUGCUUUAAGGGGGCUUUUCCUUAUUGACCCUAAUGGAAUUAUCCGACACAUGAGUGUGAAUGACCUGCCAGUUGGGCGCUCUGUUGAAGAGACCAUUCGUCUGGUUAAGGCCUUCCAAUUUGUGGAAACCCACGGAGAAGUCUGUCCUGCCAGCUGGACCCCAAAGUCACCCACGAUCAAGCCAACACCAGAUGGCUCGAAGGAAUACUUUGCGAAAGUCAACUAAAUCCCCUGAAACUACUAAUACAGACAGAUCAUAUAAACUUCAAAACAAAUUUACAGAAUUCAUGUAUGAGUAUAAUGACAGUAUCCGUUAUAAUUUUUGAGUUCGCCGAGUGGUGUAAAUAAAAAUGACAUCUGUGUUUAAA